AUGGCUACCCCUAGUGUCCUAGCUUUUGACGCUGAGGGUUACGCCAUUGAUUUUGAGGUCUGGUUAGACGACCUGCAGCUGUUCUUACAGUGCGACAGAGCAGACGGCCUUUCUCUCUUUGACCUCACCUCUGGCGCCUCUUCUGCUCCUGCUGCUGAUGCUGAUCCCACUGUGCGCUCUCAGUGGGCCACCCGCGAUGCUGCUGCACGUCUUGCUGUGCGUCGCCACCUCCCUACCUCUGAGCGCGCGCACUUUAGUCAGUACAAGAGUGCCCAGACCUUGUACGACGCUGUAGUUGCGCGCUACUCCUCCCCUGCCACUGCUGCACUGAGCCGUCUCAUGCUUCCCUACCUCUUUCCUGACCUCUCUGCCUUUCCCACUGUCGCUGACCUCAUUACGCACCUCCGCACUAGUGACACUCGCUACCGCGCCACCCUUCCUGCUGAGUUCUGCGCUAAGAACCCACCCCCCAUGUACAUCGCUCUCUACUACGUAGUCGCGCGCCUCCCUGACUCCCUUCGCGUCGUCAGGGACCACUUUCUCGCAGUCUGUCCCACCACCCUCACCGUCGACCUCCUCGAGAAGGCCCUCCUCGCAGCGGAGAAGAGCAUAGUCGCUGUAGGUGCUUCUCGUGGUGACCCUCGCACCCCCAUCUUUGAGGGGUGCUCUCCUUCCCCCUUGCUGCCCUCUGUUGCCUCUGCUGCUGCUGCCGACCUGCUUGGUCUUGAGUCGGUCGGCGCGGCGUCUGCCCCUAGUGGGAGACGUCGCUCCAGCAAGGGCAAGGGGGGCAAGGGCGCGGGUGGAGCUGGAGGGGGCGGUGGCGGUGGCGGCGGUGGCGGCGGAGGGAGUGGGGGUGGCGGCGGGACUAGUGGCGGGGGUGGUGGUGGUGGUGGCAGCAGCGGCGGAGACGGUGGUGGUGGUGGCAGCGGUGGUGGUGGAGGCAGCGGCGGAGGUGGAGGCGGCGAAGGUGGAGGCGGUGGAGGUGGCAGCGGAGGAGGCGGUGGUGGUGGAGGAGGUGGAGCUGGUCGGGGUGGUACCCAGCAGCGUAGCGGCGGUGGUGGUGGCCAGCGCUCGCAGCGGCAGCAGCAGCAGCGCUCGCGGGACAUCCCUCCGCCUCAGCAGCUUCGUGAGUGGUACGCUGGGCGUCAGAGGGGUGGGGGUACUGGUUCCUGCACCUACGUUCUUCGUUCCGGCGACCGCGCGGCGAUCUUUGAUCUUGAUUUUGAUGCUAUCCUUGCUGCUAUGUAUGCUGUGACUUAUGGUGAGGAGAAUGAGGGUUACCGGUGUUUCCAGCCCGACCCGGGCAUUGGUACUGCUGCGCUAGGUGCUUGUGAGGCUGCUGCUCUAGGUGCCAGUGCGUCUGCGCUCUUAGGUACUGGUGAGACUGCGCUCUCAGGUACUGCGUCGUCCUCGUCCUCCCUCACUUUCACACUUGACUCCGGGGCUUCUCGCUCCUUCUUUCGAGACCGCACUACCCUUACGCCGCUCGGCCGGCCGGUUGCAGUCUCCCUUGCUGACCCCUCUGGGGGUCCUGUCCUGUCUCACUUCUCCACUGUCCUCCCGUGUCCGGCUGCCCCUUCGGGCACCCUGUCUGGUCUGUACCUUCCCUCGUUCUCUACGAACUUGGUGAGUGGCGCGGACCUGCAGGAUGUGGGGGUUCACCAGUUCACUCCUGCGAGUCAGCGGGUGACCCACUGCACGGAGGCACGCACAGGCCGACACCUGGCCACGUUCUCGCGUCGGCCGGGGUCGAGUCUCUACACCCUGACCGUUGAGUCUCCUCCUGUCCCUGCGUCUGGUCAGGUGGCUGCGUCAGGUCAGGUGCUUGCUGCUGCGUCCCGGUCAGGUCCUGAGUCUGCCCCCUGUUCUUGUCGCCUCCUGUCUCACGAGACUCUCCUGUGGCACCACCGUCUUGGCCACCCCUCCUUGCCCCGUCUUCGGAGCAUGGCUUCCCGUGUCCUUGGUCGCCUCCGGGCUACUCCUCACUCCUCCCACUUCCCCCCGACAGAGGCUCCCCUGCAGACGCUUCACAUGGAUGUGUGGGGCCCAGCCCCCGUCCGUGGGCAGGGUCACGAGCGCUACUUCCUGUUGGUGGUUGACGACUACUCGCGUUACACCACAGUCCUCCCCUUGCGCAGCAAGGGUGCGGUCACUGAGGUGCUGAUCGACUGGAUCCGCGAGGCUCGUCUCCAGCUCAGGAAGAGCUUCGGCUCGGACUUUCCUGUUCUGCGUCUGCACUCGGACAGAGGCGGAGAGUUCUCUUCUCGCCUUCUGCGAGACUACUGUCGUGCACGGGGGAUCCGCCAGACCUUCAUGCUUCCGUACUCACCACAGCAAAAUGGGAUUGCUGAGCGCCGCAUUGGCAUGGUCAUGGAUGUCGCUCGUACGUCCAUGAUGCAUGCGGCUGCCCCCCAUUUUCUGUGGCCGUUUGCGGUGAGGUACGCGGCGCAUCAGCUCAACCUUCACCCCCGGGUCUCUCGGCCUGCGAUGUCCCCAGCCUUGCUGUGGACGGGGAAGGUUGGCGAUGCGUCUGUGUUCCGUGUCUGGGGAUCUCGGGCGUUUGUCCGCGACUUGUCUGCGGACAAGCUGUCCCCUCGUGCUGCUCCCUGUGUCUUCCUUGGCUUCCCCACUGACGCCCCAGGGUGGCAGUUUUACCACCCCUCCUCUCGUCAUGUUCUGUCCUCCCAGGACGUCACGUUCGACGAGUCAGUCCCCUUCUACCGUCUCUUCCCCUACCGCACUCCUUCCCUCCCCCCUCCCCCGGACUUCCUUGUGCCGGUUCCCCCCCCGGUAGACCCCCUCCCCCCUCAGGUUCCUGCCCCCUCAGGUGUGUCCCAGGUAGACGCCGUUGACCCGGUCGAGGUUACUGGUGACUCUGGUGCUGCUGCGGGUGCUGAGCCUGGGGGUGCUGACUCUGGGGGUGCUGUGCGCGGGGGUGCUGAGCCUGGGGGUGCUACUGCUGGGGGUGCUGGGCCUGAGGGUGCUACUGCGGAGGGUGCGGAGCCUGGGGGUGCUGAGUCGGGGGGUGCUGUGCCUGGAGGUGCUGGGUCUGGGGGUGCUGGGUCGGGAGCUGCUGAGCCUGGGGGUGCUGAGCUGGGAGCUGCUGAGCCUGGGGGUGCUGCGUCUGGAGCUGCUGAGCCUGGGGUUUCUCCUGCUGCUGCGCGUGCUGCUGAGUCUGGAGGUGCUGCUGGAGCUGGAGCUGGAGCUUCUUCGACCGUCGAGGGUGCGGGUGCUGCCGGUCCCGGAGCUGCUGGUCCUGCGGGUCCUCCUGGAGCUGGAGCUGCUGAGGGCGUUGGUGCUGAGCCUACUGCUGUUGGUCCUGCCGCUGGAGGUGUGGGUGGCGCUGGUGCUGUCGCUGAGGGUGCUGGUGCUGUCCCUGCUGAGUCUAGAGCUGCCGCGCGGCCUCGGCCAUACUUCGUUCCGCUCCUGCAGCAGGUUCUUGUCUUGCUGAGCGUCGUGAGCCUGCGUCUCGUCUCGCGUCGCCUGUUCUGUGCUGCUCGUGCUAGUGGUCGCAGUUCGCGUCAGCGUCCUCCUCCUGUCCCUGGCACGCACCGGAUGUCUAUGCGUCCGUUCACUGCUCCUCUGCGUGCCCCUUUGCCUUCUCCUCCUGAGUCCUCUCUUCCUGCGCCUGCCGACCCUGAGUCGGACUCUCUUCGUGCUGCCAGUCCUACUGUCACGCGUCUGCUUGCUACUGUCGUCACUGACCCCUCUUUUGAGUCCACUGCUGCGUCUGCUCUAGUCGCUGAGCUCGUCGACUUUGCUGCUCGCUGUCGUCUCGACUACGCUGCUAGUCUUGUUGCUGAGUCUGCGUCUGUCUGUCCUCCGUCCGUCGGGGGUGAGUGUGCUCUUGGCACGGACGUCCUAGAGGACAGGCAGGAGGAGUUACAGUGUCUAGCGGCUGCUUCACCUCAUCUCGCGUCUGUACUGCUUGCCCCUGAGGGAGACCCGGAUGCACUAGACAUCCCGACUCCGCGUUCUUACGCGGAGGCCGUAGAGGGUCCCUACUCCUCUCAGUGGCAGGCAGCUAUGGAUGCAGAGAUGGCUUCCUGGAAGUCCACAGGCACCUACGUUGACGCGGUUCCCCCUCCUGGGGCGAACAUCGUCAGUGGCAUGUGGAUCUUCAGGGUGAAGCGGCCGCCGGGCUCUCCACCUGUCUUCAAGGCACGGUACGUUGCUCGUGGCUUCAGUCAGCGGCAGGGAGUUGACUACUUUCAGACCUUCUCUCCCACCCCGAAGAUGACCACUCUUCGGGUGCUGCUGCACAUAGCCGCUCAGCGCGACUACGAGCUUCACUCUCUCGACUUCAGCACUCCGUUCUUGCAGGGUAGCCUGCACGAGGAGAUCUGGCUUCGCCGUCCACCUGGCUUCACUGGGACUUUCCCUCCUGGCACCCAGUGGAGCCUCCGACGGCCAGUCUACGGUCUCCGCCAGGCACCGCGUGAGUGGCACGACACACUGAGGACUACGCUUGCGGCUCUUGGGUUUGCUCCUUCUUCUGCUGACCCGUCGCUGUUUCUUCGCACCGACACUUCCCUGCCGCCGUUCUACAUCCUCGUGUACGUCGACGACUUGGUCUUUGCCACAGCGGACACUGCUGGACUCGCCUACGUGAAUCCGUAG